CACGCCAGCUAACACAUCGCGGGUGAUCCACUGUAGGUGUGCCAAGUGUUUCUGUUACCCUACCAAGCGAAGAAUAAGGAGGAGACCCCGAAACCUAUCAAUCUUGAGUCUACCAGAAGAUGUGCUCUUUCACAUCCUAAAGUGGCUUUCUGUUGGAGACAUCCUUGCUGUACGAGCUGUGCACUCCCACCUGAAGUACCUGGUGGAUAACCAUUCCAGUGUGUGGGCAUGUGCCAGCUUCCAGGAGCUAUGGCCUUCUCCAAAGAACCUGAAGCUCUUUGAAAGGGCUGCUGAAAAGGGAAAUUUUGAAGCUGCUGUGAAGCUAGGCAUAGCCUACCUCUACAAUGAAGGCCUGUCUGUGUCUGAUGAGGCCCGAGCAGAAGUGAAUGGCCUGAAAGCCUCUCACUUCUUCAGUCUGGCCGAGCGACUGAAUACUCAUAAAGCAUCCAUAUUGCACUGCUUAGGAAGAGUACUGAAUCUUUUCGAGGAUGAAGAGAAGAGGAAGCAGGCCCGUGACCUGUUUGAAGAGUCUGCUCAUCAGGGAUGCUUGGCCAGCUCAUACCUCCUGUGGGAAAGUGACAGGAAGACAGAUAUGUCAGACCCCGGACGAUGCCUCCAUAGCUUCCGGAAACUCAGGGACUACGCUGCCAAAGGCUGCUGGGAAGCACAGCUGGCUUUAGCCAAAGCCUGCGCAAAUGGAAACCAGCUUGGACUAGAAGCAAAAGCCUGCAGUGAGGUAGUCUGCCAGUUGUUCCAGGCAUCCCAAGCUGUCAGUAAGCAGCAGGUUUUCUCUGUGCAGAAGGGACUGAACGACACAAUGAGGUACAUUCUGAUUGACUGGCUGGUAGAAGUUGCCACCAUGAAGGACUUCACAAGCCUGUGCCUUCACCUGACAGUGGAGUGUGUAGACCGGUACCUGAGGAGGAGGGUGGUGCCCCGUUACAAGCUCCAGCUGCUGGGUAUUGCCUGCAUGGUCAUCUGCACCCGGUUCAUCAGUAAAGAGAUCCUGACGAUUCGAGAGGCCGUGUGGCUCACAGACAACACAUACAAGUACGAGGACCUGGUGAGGAUGAUGGGAGAGAUCGUCUCCGCCCUGGACGGGAAGAUUCGAGUCCCUACCGUGGUUGAUUACAAAGAGGUCCUGCUGACGCUGGUCUCCGUGGCACCCAGAACUCAGCACCUGUGCAGCUUCCUCUGCGAGCUCUCCCUGCUGCACACCAGCCUGUCUGCCUAUGCCCCAGCCCACUUGGCCUCUGCAGCCCUGCUUCUGGCCAGAGUGAUGCAUGGGCAGACACAGCCCUGGACCACUCAACUGUGGGACCUCACUGGGUUCUCCUGUGAAGACCUCAUGCCCUGUGUCUUGAACCUACAUAAAAAAUGCUUCCAUGACGAUGCCCCCAAGGACUACCGGCAAGUGUCCCUGACCGCUGUGAAGCAGCGAUUCGAGGACAAGCGGUACGAAGAACCCAACCAAGAGGAGGUACUGAGCUACAGCCAGUUGUGUACAGCGUUGGGAGUGAAAGAGAGCCCCGAGCCUGUAUCUUUCCCCAGCUCGGGGGAGAUCUGCCCCUUCCUCAGCUCUCCCUCUGGGAGGAGAACAAAGCGGAAGCGAGAGAACAGCCUCCAGGAGGACCGAGGCAGCUUUGUCACCACACCUACUGCUGAGCUGUCCAGCCAGGAAGAGACACUGCUGGGCAGCUUCCUAGACUGGAGCCUGGACUGCUGCUCUGGUUACGAGGGUGACCAGGAGAGUGAGGGCGAGAAGGAGGGUGACGUGACAGCUCCCAGUGGUGUCCUCGAUGUCACUGUGGUCUACCUAAACCCAGAACAGCACUGCUGCCAGGAAUCAAGUGACGAAGAAGCCUGCCCAGAGGACAAGGGACACCAGAUGCCAGGCACUCAGACACCUCCAACUCCAGGGCUGAGGCCCCUUCUCUGCAGGAGGAAGCCCAGCAAGGACAUCACGACCUCAGGGUACUCCUCUGUCAGUAGCACAAGUCCUACAAGCUCUGUGGAUGGCGGCUCAGGGGACCCUUCUCAAUCUACCUCAGUGUUGUCCCUGGGCAGCAACCCAAACACACCUCCCUGCCACCAUCAGGCCAAGAAGUCAUGUUUACAGUGUCGUCCCCCGAACCCCCUAGAGAGUACUCUUCCCCAGCAACAAGUGAAACGGCAAAAUCUAUCCACUCAUAGUGAUGAGGACAUGAACUUGGGCUUCCUGAAGUUGUGAGUGUGUAGUGUCUGUUGCAGUGAUUGUUUACUGAGGAAGGCUGCUCUUCUGCUGAGAGAGCUGGGGGUUUGGCAGGUGGAGGCUGUAGAUCUGGGGGCAGUUCCAGGGAGCAGAGGGGUAACUUGUGGGUAUCAAGUUUUUCUCUCUAGGAGAUUCCUACCUAGACAGGCCCUCAGAAUGUCAAAUCAGUGUUUAAAACUCAACUCCUCUUUGGAAAACUUAGCCUCUUAGCAGUCAUACCAUGCCAUGUGAAGCCCACCUCUGUACCUCCUGUGUCCCACUGUCUGGAAAAUUAAACCCAUAUUUGUCCUGCUCUUAGCCCCACUGAGCUCCAUUCCAGGAGCUGGCAGCUUUCAUACAGAGAACACAUGUGGCCUAGGUAUCCUGGCGCAGCUUGAGUCCCUGGCUGGCAUCUGUCUGGUUUUGGCCCUCAGUGGGUGCUCACUGCUGUUCCCCUUAACCACCAUGGCCUGAACCAGAUAUCCACUCCCUUCCAGGCCCUUCCAGGGCCCAUGGUGAAGGGCCCUGUGUCCCUACACGUCUGUGUGGGCUGUGCCCUGAACACCAGGUGCAGGGACUAUACUUCCUCCCUCUGGAGUGUUUGUGUCCCCGUGAUGUCCAUGUGAACAUUUCUCUUUGCACUAAAUUUAUGGGCCAUUUUCCCCUUUAUUUCUAGACUUAUUUCUUCCAAGAUAAAAACAAAGUUAACAUUUAAAAUAGAGGCUAUUAAAAAACAAGACGAGGGGCUGGGGAUUUAGCUCAGUGGUUUCGCUGCUUGCCUUGCAAACACAAGGGCCAGAGUUUGAUCCCUAAUACCAAAAAAAAAAAGAAAAAAAACCACAAGACAUUGCUAACAUUAUUUAGGCUCAACUGAAAAACGAAAAUGUGACUCCAUGCUAUCCUGGUGCUUUUCUUUUACUUAUUUGUUUGGGGUAUUUUGUUUUUGUUUCUUUGUUUUUUGCAGUACUG